AACGGUUUAACGCACCGAACAAUACUGUCGACUGUCUUCACUGUGUUAUAUAUAUGUUUUGGAAUUCGGACUGUCACACUUCAUGUUUAUUAAAAAGGUACUAAUCAAUGUCUGAACAUACACAGUCGUUUUGUGGACAACGAGGAAAGUAGAAGUCCCACAAAUACUUAAUACAGAGAUGACGGAGGUUGAUAAUGAAACGACAAAAAGCGGUCCAACGGCUGAGCUGUCUAAGCUGAGCAAAAGUCGAGAGGCCGACUGGCCCGCGGUGCUGUUAUUCAUACAUAUACACCUUCUCUCUAUAUACGGCAUCUGGCUGCUGUUUUUUGAAGUCAAAUGGAUGACUGUAUUAUUGCUGAUAGCCCUGACCUCGCUCGCUACGCUAGCAGUGAACACAGGGGCACAUCGGCUGUGGGCGCAUCGAACUUACACCGCCACUAAGGAAUUGAGAUUUAUACUAAUGCUUCUACACACGUUGGUCGGACAGGGGUCAAUAUACAGCUGGGUGCAGUACCACAGACUGCAUCAUGCCCUCUUUAGCACAGAUGUAGAUCCAUAUGACCACAAAAAGGGUUUCUUUUAUGCUCACAUGCUGACUCGCUUAAAGAAACUUAGUCCUUAUCAAGAGAAACUCAAAGAACAGAUUGAUAUGUCCGACAUCGAAAAGGACUCCAUAGUGAUGUUUCAAAAGAAUUUCUACUGGUUACUGUACCCAGUUAUAUUCCUGCUACUUCCACUCAACGCCCCACUAGAGUAUUGGAAUGAUUCCGUCAUGAGCGCGGUUUUUGUGAUGGGAUUCUUGCGUUACGCAUUAGUAUUACACGCUGCGUGGCUCGUCGAAAGCGGAUUCUGCAUUUGGGGUCUCAAAGAACACGACAAGUACCCAUCAGAUUCAAACUUGGUAUUCUUCCUCAAUCAAACGUUUUGGCCACAUUACCAUUAUCUGAUUCCAUGUGAUUACAAAUCAGGUGAAUAUGGAACUUAUGAUUCUGGUUGUUCGACGGCAUUUAUUCGUGUGUGGGCCGCUCUUGGUCUUGUUAAGGACUUACGAACAAUCGAGUCAACCACAGUACAUAAGGCGCUGGCGGAGGCCACCAAAACUAAGAAACCUUUAAAACUAUGCCUACAAGAGGCGACAAAGUUACAACGCCUACCUGAAUAUCAUUACUUAAGAUGAGGUAUUGUAAAUUAAAAUAUAAAAUAAAUAAUUUAUUUAUA